AUGAAGCCAUCUCUUCUCUCUAUAAAGACAUCUAUGGAAACCAUCUCUUCUCUCUCUAUAAAGAAGCCCAUCUCUUCUCUCUAUAGCAAAGCCAUCUCUUCUCUCUAUAAAGACAACUAUGCAAACCAUCUCUUCUCUCCUAUAAAGACAUCUAUGAAGCCAUCUUCUCUCUAUAAAGACAUCUCUGAAGCCAUCUCUUCUCUCUAUAAAGACAUCUAUGAAACCAUCUCUUCUCUCUAUAAAGACAUCUGUAGAACAUCUCUUUCUCUCAUCUAUGAAGCCAUCUCUUCUCUCCAUAAAAGACAUCUGCCAUCUCUUCUCUCUAUAAAGACAUCUAUGAAGCCAUCUCUUCUCUCUAUAAAGACAUCUAUGAAGCCAUCUCUUCUCCAUAAGGAACAUCUGAAGCCAUCUCUUCUCUCUAUAAAGGAGAACAUCUAUGAAGCCAUCUCUUCUCUCUAUAAAGACAUCUAUGAAGCCAUCUCUUCUCUCUAUAAAGACAUCUAUGAACAUCUCUUCUCUCUAUAG